UACAAUUUGAAACUAUUUUGGAACACUAUUUUGUAAAUUUGUCGCCUAAAAACACUUGUCGAUUAUUUUUGCAGCCCUGCGGGCAUCACAACAGCUGGGUUACAGUUGCGCAUUUUACAAAAGUUAAACAGUUUAUUGCACACAAAAUAAGAGAUUAUUUUCUGUGAUAACUACCCAUUUGAAUCUAAGACGCACAUAGGCUGAUUUUACCGUCUGCACUUAAGACUGAAAACAAAGAAAACUUGCAUUUUUGUUGGCGUGCUCUUGUCUGUGUGGGAGUUGUGGCGGAACAAAGUAAAACACGAAAGACGCAGAUUAAACCAGCAGCUGCAGCAUUUGGAGUGGAAAUAUAAUUAUUUAAUCAUGGCUAAAAUUAUUUCUCAAGAGACUUUCGACGAUGUUGUCCAGGAGAAUGUGGUGGAUUUCUCCAUGAGCCCCUCAGAGGCCAAGGAGGAGACUAUAAAACAAUUUGAAGCACAGGGCAUCAACCUUGCCAACAUUAUCAAAGAUUUGGCCAUCAAUGCGGAAACGGGCAAGCCUGUUAUUAACGAAACGGUUGACAAAUUAACAACGCACAUUAACCAAGGGGGCAAGGAUGAACAGCAGCUUUUGGAACUGCUUGCCGUUCUGGAUCUGGAGUGCCAAAAGUCGCUGGCACAUCGUGUGCUCGCAGGCAAGAAUGGUGCACACAAUGUGCUUACAAAACUGCUCGACCAGGCGCUGUCCGCCGACACGCUGCCAACGACGUUGAUGUGCAAAUGCCUACAGGCUGUGAACAGUCUGACCCACAAGCAGCCCGAUAUAUUCGAUGGCGAGGCUUUGGCCGUUGUGCUCAAGCUACUGGCACUUAAGGAGCAACAGGAUAUCGUUUGUCUGACGCUACAGUGGCUACAGAAAACUUGCAUUAUGCACGAAAUGAAUCGUCAGAAAAUUUUGAGCACCAACGCACUGAAGGUAUUGAAGCCGCUGCUAACCAGGGACAAUCCACGCGUGCUGCGUGAACUGACAGCAGUUCUGAGAUUUCUAGUGUUGGACGAUGACAUACGCGUGGAGUUUGGCUGUGCGCAUGAGCAUGCGCGCCAGAUAGCCAGCGAAAUGCUGCUGGAUCUCGUAGAGCUGUUGCCCGCCUACGAGGAUGCCAAUGUGCUGGCGGAUUUGCUGCUCACCAUCGGCACGCUGGCCGUGCGCCAGGAGCUGUGCCUGGUCAUUGACGAAGCCGGCGGCCUAAAGCACAUCUUCCAUAUUAUGAGCGAGAAUCUGAAAGCGGACCGCUUAAACUGUGAGGCCUUAAAACUUUUACGCGCACUCGCCGGCCAUGAUGCGGUCAAGGCGCACAUAGUGCAGCAGGGCGUAGCACCCAUUAUUAAGGAGCUGCUGGAUACGCAUCAAUCCAAUGAGAACGUUGUGACUGCCGCGUUUGCCUGCAUAACAACGCUCACGCUGCGCGUCAAGGAGAACAGCGCCGCCUUCUUUGACACGGGCAUUGCCGAGGUGAUGGUCGAGGCGCUGCGCAUGCAUCCCAAGCACAAAAUACUUCAACGCAACGGCGCCUGGGCCAUACGUAAUAUGGUUUCACGUUCGCGCAAUCAAUGCGAAACAUGGCUAUCCUAUGGCGUUGAGGAUUUGCUCAAUGCGGCCAUGGUGGAGCAUCCGUCAGUGGCGCAGGACAUUAAGGCGGCGCUGCGCGAUCUUGGCUGCAAUGUGCAGUUGCGUGAGGAGUGGACCGGCACGGCGGAAAAGAAAAUUGCCGCAUAGAUAGCGACAUGGACCACAUAUUUCUACUUUUAUAUUCACUGCUAACUUAUUUCCAUACACACACACACACAAACUCGAAACUAAUGCAACAGCACAAUAUUCGGAAGCUCACACAAGGUUCUCAUCUAUAAAUUCAUCUAUAUAUUAUGCUAACAAACUAUAA